UUUUCCUGCCAGCCUAGACCUCGCCAAUGUGCAGCUAUGAUAGAACUGAAGUGUGCCUUGCAACAGCAGCCAUGUUAGAAGCCUGAAUUCUAUACGGCCACGCUGCGCCCCGACGGUUACCUUUCGCUGCCGUUGCCAACAACUGACGGUGUUCGUGUUCUGGCCGGGUUCCCGUUGUUCAUGUUUCUCUCGUCCCUGGAUGUUAUACACGGUUUUGAGUCCCGUCAGAUCAAGCGACUCGGCAGCAUAGCUUUAGUAUCCGUUCGUCUAGCUUAUGAAUCCCCUGCUUACGAGCAUUCUCCUCUUACUGGCCAGGGACCAGUCUAGACCACGACGUGAAUGGAUUUGUAGCUAGGUAGCCAUGUACCGGACUACUCCGCUCGUGUCUACAAUAGUAGCGUGGGUGGGUGCCUAUUUCUUCCUGGUCCUGCUCACCAUUUCUCUCGCAUCUGGCCUCUACUACAUCGCCGAGAUCAUCGAGGACAAUCCCAGAACUUCUAAGAAGCUGCUUAGCAUCUACAUCAAAGCCACGCUCGCCGUCCACGUCAUCGUCUUGAUCUUCGACCGUCCGUCAAUUCUCUGCAUUCUCACUGGUAUCGCUACGCACGUCGUCUACUAUCUGAUCCUCCGCCGAUUUCCGUACGUCAGCCUUGGGUCCCCUGAGUUCAUCGGAUCAUGUGUGGGGUUCAUCUGCAGUAACUGGGGCUGGUUCCAGUACUACUAUUUCCGCACCAAUUUCACGAUAGAAUUCUUCCUCGGGUUCAUGAUUCCCAUGGUUUGGCUCGUUCCCUUCGUCUACUUCGUCUCCCUUUCCACGGAAGAGACCCUCUUGCCGUAUGCUACAAGUCACCAUCUGUCAUCAGCAGCAGAGGAGGUGUUGGGUCGGACCCCUUCAGGGAGCAGCCGGCCUAGCAGCAGCAGAGGGGUGCCAGGUGCUGGAAAGAAGAUGAAGAGCUCUUUCUUGUGGCUCUACCACUUCAUACGGCAGAAGCGGGACGAUGUGUUGCCGGAGUUUAGUCUGGAAACAGGGAGAGGGGGUGCUAAAGCUUUGUGAAUCUGUCUCUGGCAGAUGGUUGUAGGAUUUUACCAGCUGUGGAUUGUCGAAGUCUUCUCUUUCUAGACACUAACAAGUUGACAUGACAUGACAUGCAAGAUGCAUCGUCUCUGGCUAGAGUCGCUCCACUGCAUGUUGCAAGUCAUGUACGUCCAGGCUGACCCU